CACAUGCGUGGGGAUGGAGCGAAACACGCUCAGCAUGGUGGCGGCGCUUCUCCGUCUUCUCCCCGCUCCUGUUCGCAGCCGUCUCCGCGCUCCCGGCUGGGGCUCCGCUGUUCGCGGUGCCGGCGCGGCCUCUCCGCGGCUACCGGUGCUCGUCGCGGCGGAGCGGAAGGCGGCUGCUGAGCUGGCCGGAAACACGCCCCGUCCGCCCCACCCAGAGCUCCAUCGGCCGCAGGUGCCGCCUUCCGACCCGGACAUCGCCUCGGCGCCGCCGCCGCCGCUCCGGGGCUGCUCCGCUCCGGCUCCCCCGCGCCCGCCGGUACGCGUCUCCUCGGCAACGGCGGCUUCGCCGCGCAGGACCCCGGCGCGGGCGCCCUCCCCGGCAGUGAACAUUUCCAUCCUUAUAGUGGCUGUUGUCAUAUUUUUGCUAGUUAUUCAUCAUAACUUCCUAAGCCUCAGUGAAUUCUUGAGACGGGAAUUGUCAGAUCCAAGUCCCUUAGGACUUCAGCCUAUAGAUUUCAUUCCUGCAGCUCCCCAGAGGCUGGCAGAUGAGAGGAAUGACAAGGAGAUUUCUGUGGUCAUUGCAGCCUCGGAUGAGAGGCUUGGAGGUGCAAUUGCAGCCAUGAACAGCAUUUACCAAAACACCAGAGCCAACGUGGUUUUCCACAUUGUUACUUUGAAUGAUACUGUGGAUCACUUGAGGACGUGGCUGAGGAGCCCUCCUCUAAAAAACAUGAGAUACCGAAUUCUGGAUUUUGAUCCUCGUGUCUUAGAAGGCAAAGUACAAGUGGAUCCCCAAAAGCCAGACAACUUCAAACCAUUAACUUUUGCAAGAUUCUACUUGCCCAGCUUUGUACCUCAUGCAGAGAAGGCCAUCUAUGUGGAUGAUGAUGUAAUAGUGCAAGAUGAUAUUGUUGAACUUUACAACACUCCAUUGAAACCUGGACAUGCAGCUGCAUUUUCAGAUGACUGUGACUCAACCAGUAGUAAAGUUGCUGUCCGUGGAGCAGGCAAUCAGUAUAACUACAUUGGGUUUUUAGAUUACAAAAAAGAAACCAUCCGAAAGCUUGCCAUGAAAGCCAACACCUGCUCUUUUAAUCCCGGAGUUUUCGUUGCCAAUUUGACUGAAUGGAAAUUACAGAAUAUCACUAAACAACUGGAGAAGUGGAUGGCACUUAAUGUGGUAGAGGAGCUCUACAGUAAGACUCUGGCUGGCAGCAUCACAACACCUCCCCUGCUAAUUGUGUUUUAUAAGCAACAUUCCAGCAUUGAUCCCAUGUGGAACGUCCGACAUCUUGGGUCUAGUGCUGGGAAAAGGUACUCUUCUCAGUUUGUGGAAGCUGCCAAGCUGCUCCACUGGAAUGGACAUUUCAAGCCCUGGGGAAGAACAGCUUCCUAUGCUGAAGUCUGGGAGAAGUGGUAUGUCCCUGACCCUGCAGGCAAGUUCAACCUGAUCCGCAGACACUCGGAAGCCUAUGAAGCAAAGUAGAGUCCAUUUGAAUAAAUGAUGAUGUUUUCUCAGGAAACUUCUGGAGCCAAGCAGAAUAUUUUUCUUUUAGCCAACUUGCAGUACAGAGCCGACCUUGCCUUCUGGAGCACAAGAUGAUGCACUUAUUCAGGUGCAGUUCUGAAAUGCACAGGUCCAAAGGAGGCUCAUGUCACCUGUGUGACACAAGAUGCUACUCCAGCAGCACUACAGAAAACAAGGGGAAGAUCUCCACAAAUGAGCACUUUUGUUUAUGUCAUUUCAGUUGUGUUCUCCUGCUCUUUACUCAAUUCUUCUAACAGGGGAUCAUUUUAUCAAUUACAGAAACAAAGUUUCUAAGAACAAGAUUCAAUUCAGCUGGUGUUUGCACCAGCAAAUCUUGCACAGCAAUGUACUGUAAUUAUAGCUGCCUGGGUUUUGUUUUGUUGUUUGGUUUUGUUAUCCUGUAAAAUAAUUCCCUCAACAACCCUUUCUUGCAUGAAAUCUCCUCCCAACCAUUUCUGUUUAAGUCUUUUGUACAGAAUUCUGCAAAAUUGAAUCCUUUUUGAAAGAUUAAUCCUUUGAGUAUUAUUUCACUAUGCAAAAUGGUUUUAACUGCCAGUGAACACUAAACCAUUUUUUUUGUAAAGUGGUGGAUGAAACUUUGUUCAAAAAUAAAGCUAAUUGUAACAUGCUGA